AUGAGCUACGGUGGAGAUAAGGCACGCGGCCCCGCUGCAGCGACACCGGCGCCUGCACUCAGCUCGAACAAGAAGCACGGCCGCAGCAGCGGCAGCUAUGCCAAGAGCUACGGUCGUGAAAGCUAUGAGAAACACAAGGCGAAGCAGGCGCGCCCCUUGCCACCUCAGGAACCGCUGAGGCAGGUCAACGCCAACGCUGUUGCGGUGCCUCUCAGCACCGAACCUUCCCUGCGGCCCUUCUCUCCACACGAGCAGGCUGGGCUGGAGUUGUCACUGCCUUCGUCGAUGGACUUCGAUGACGCCGAGGUGGAGGUGAGUCCACUCACAACGCCGUCGCAGUCGUAUGUGCCGAAGCAUCGGCGCCGCCAGGGUGGCGAUCGCGUGCGCGCGUUGCAGCAGGAUGUCGCAGCCGCAAAGGUGCUGCGGCACACUCCCCCUCUACCAUAUCAGCUACAGCAGCAUGUCGACCCAACCGCGCUGCCAGAACAUCGGCGCGUCGCCUUUUCCGAAGGCAGUGGUGGAGAACUUCUACAGAAUCAUGCGACGGGAAAGGAGAACAUUAACAUUGGCUCUCACGCGGCGGUGUCUCCUGGUGGUACCACAACCGCUUCGGCCACCCCGCUGCAGCCGAUGCCGAAACCCGCGUCCUCUGCAGAAGUGAAGCAGCGAACUGUGAGCUCCGCGUCCCAUCCAGUCACCUCUGCCGCUGCCACCGCCACCGCCACCACGGCCAGCGACUUCCGUCGCACUGCCUCUGGCCACGUUCAUCAGCGGCCGCUCUCUCUAUCGGGUGUAGCCACUGUGCCACGACAACCGCCAGCCCCAUCGACGCUCACGGCGAGCGCCGGCCGACUUGGCGGCGCAACGGCUGCAAGAGUUCCACAAAAACGCAUCGCCAGUGUCAAGUCGCGACCGCUGACCACCCCGGUACGCAAACAGCCGCCGUUUCUGUCCAACGCUGCAGCGGAAACGGCGGAGAGACACGAGUCUCCCGCGCCGACACCAACAUCGGCGGAGCGGGAGCGCUCGCCAGAGAUGGACACUGCGCUGCGGUACCAGCUGUACCAAAUGGAGUCGGUGCUCGACUAUGUGGCGGAGGUGGCGAGGGCGCUGGGCGAACGACGCCGAUGUGCAGCGCCUCCGCAAUCGACGAAGGGGUUCCGCGCCUCCGUCGUGCCCACUCGGCGCUGUGGUGGGAUCAGCUCUUCCCCUGAGGCGCUGGAUGGAGGCGACAUGGGCCUGUCAGACCACACUGUGCGUGUUCGCAGCGACGACGGCACCGUUGCUUUUCUGCCCGACAUACACCAGGCCGCGAGCCGACUCCUCAGCGCCUUCACGAAGCUCGAGUAUGUUCAGCUCAGCGAGGAUGUAGAUAUGCCGCUUCUCGAGCGCGACGUCGUGGAGUACAGUGCGCGGCUUCUGCGACUCGUCGACGGGGUAGAGCGGCAGCUGUCGCUGCACGAGGACACACUCGUUCGCCGAAGGCUUUCGGAGCGCCGCUACAUCUUUCGCGCCAUGCACCAGCUGGUGCACUUUAUCGUCCGCAUGGCCCACGAAGUGGUGCUGCUCCGUGACUUGGCCCUGCGCCACGAUUUAGGACAGGUUCUGGAGGCGUGGGGCAGCUUCAGAGCGGGUGUUGAGGCCCAGGCCCAGGCAGCUAACGGCGCCAGCGACAGCAAUACUCGUGGCAAGUCUGAGGACGCCUCAGCGUCGUCGGCUCCGCCGUUGCUGCAGAAGCACAUCAUCUUUCUCGUCGCGAUGAUGCGAGGGAGCCCGUUCUUCUUGUGGUUGGAAGGGCGAUGGUUCCCGGCGAUGCGGCAGUGGCGCAAGUUCGUCUUCGAGGCACUCCAAGCGGCGAGCAGCGGCGACAUCGAAGGCGCCAUUCGCCGUUCGCGGCAGGAGGCGCUACGGAUCGACGGCUUGGAAGAGAUCCUGCGCCCGGGCGAGACCAUCACCACCCUCCUCCGCGAGCAGGUGGAGCAGCCGAUCGAGGAGCUUGGUAGAGCCUUUUCAAUGAAGCGAGCGGCCAUGGCUGCACUGCGCGAAGUGCUGGAGAGCGCCGAGGCCACCGACGGCACGCUGAACGCCGCGCAACUGUCGAAAGUGCUCAAGGCCGCUCAGGCCUUCACUGUGGUGCGCAGGGGGCGCGGCAGUGGAGAUAGCAAGUUGGGUGUGAGUGUCGGUGGAGACAGGGAGGACGCCGAGCUGGUGUGCCGCGCGGAAGAGCUCCUCGCACGUCUUGAAGAGGCCGAUGUGCUUCACCGCGCCACCAAGGCGGCGCUGCAGCACCCUGCACCGGAGCUGGUGACUGUGCUGGAGCACAUCACACGCGCCAACGAGCUGCUCGUUUUCUGGAGGCGUGCGCACGACCUGACGUCAGCUCAGACGGCCCUUGCCGCCGGUCGCGCAGCGCUGGACGCGUACAUGCAGCGGCUGCACAGCGGACGUCUUUCCGAAAACAUGAGCUUUAUGAGCUCAACGAACGGCGACGUCUCCACUGGCAACUCCAUGACGCCGUCGCGCGCGAACGGCGGCUCUACUGCUGCGCCGGUGCCUUGGAUUGGCGACGGCUUCCCGGCCUCCUUCGACAUCCGUUCCCUGUACGUGGCCCACACACCAGGUGGGACAUGGUCGAAAGACCUUAGCAUGGCGUACAGGGAGCUCUGCGAAGUCUUUGGGGUGCUGUACACCCAGCGCCAGGCACGGCGUGAUCUGGAGCUGGCGCUGGCCCGUCCUUCUGUAGACGAUCACGGGACUAGGCUCGCUGUCACCCUUUCGUUCUCCCCGCAGGUAACACCCCGCCGCCCCUCUCGCGAUGCCGUGUCGCCAGCGGAUACACUGCGAGUCAGCGACGAGGGUGCUAACGCGCACAGCUGCAGCUUACUCGGCUCCACCGGUGGGACGGUAGAGACCCACGUCAGUAACGGCAGUACGCCACCUUCGCAGAAGGUACCGAAGGGUCCAAGCGCAGAGGAACUGCACCGGUGCAUCCAGCAGGCCGAAGAGGCCGGUGUUAGCGGGCCACUCGUCGAGGAAGCGCGGGCGCGGCUGCGUCUCCUGGACACGCUGCGGCUGAAGAUUCACUUCGACGCCCAGACGCGUGUGUUGCCCGUCGCUGACGCAGCGCAGGCCUCAUUCCACAACGUUUAUAAGCAAAUCUAUGAGUUCUGCCAGACGCAGCCGCAGCGGGCCGCGGGGGCUGAACGCCGACUGCGUAUUCGCUACGAGGACGCAGAAGGCGACUUCAUCUCUCUCUUGGAUCAGCAAGACUGGCACAUGAUGCUGAGCGAGCUGGCACCACACGGGUGUGGUGGGGUCAAGAUCGAGCUCUUCUGUGACUACCCCACGGUGCCUGGCAUGAUGAGCAACUCCAUGGCGGUCUCGAACGUCGAUGACACGCAGCGCACCGGUGUUGAGUCGGAGCUGGCAAACGGUGACUUUCAAACAGAGACCGCACCAGAGAACAGCACGCCAGCUGGCCCUGCUCCCGCAACCGGGCCCGCCGCUGCCACGCCAGAGAGGCGGACGAAUGUGUUUCAGCGCCUCGCGUCGGCACCGAAAGUCUCUGCCGUGACGCCAGCAGCCAGCGGGCAGCGCAAGCCGCGGAUGCACCCCCACUCCCUCGGGGCUACGUCGCCGCAACGAACACUUCUGCCGCCGCGCACUCGUGGCAUCGGCGCUGGUGUCGUCUCUGGUGCAGUUCGCAGUGCGUCCCCGCAGAAGGGCGGCGCAGCUUCUCGCGCGGCUGUCGGCGCUGGCUCCGCCCGCGGCAAGGACUCAUCUUUCUCAGCCGUCACAGACGCGGCGGCCCCGAAGACAGCGGCGCUCACCGCAGAGAACUUGCGGCGUAACCUGCUCCACCCGGAGCCGCUGCCCUGUCCUGAAGGUGCGGAGGCAGCGGCUCAGGAGGAGGUACGGCGAUCAGGUGGACAAUCCUCUAGCGAUGGGAUGGCCACUGUGGCCAGACCAGCAGCAGCAGAUGCGGUUGGCUACACAGCAGCAAGCACUGCAGCACCGGCCUCAGCAGCUGUGGCUCACCACCCGGUGAGCAACAGCAACGCGAACGGUGACGGGGAGCGGGAGAGCAGCGCGGCGCACCUCAGCCUCGACAUGACCCGGCGCUGGGAAAUGCCGAGUGACGACGAGCUGCAGCUGCUGGAGAUACAGACACGCGUCUCCAUGUCGACCGUGUGCCCCGACCGGUGCAUCGAGGUGCCCGAGUCCAUGAUGACGACGGCGUCGCGGCCGACCGAGGUUCCCUCGAGAGCCGACCCGCCGCGCAACACGUUCACCGCAACUUACUGCUCUCGCAAAGCAGAGCGCACCAGCGAGCGUGGCAGCGGCGGUGUCCGCGAGGCGGUGAGCGACAUCGGUGAGGUGAGCAAGGCGCCGAAGAAGCGCCUCUCCCAUUCACCUUCUCGCCCGCCGCGCCGCUGGGCCUCUGACGCAUUCUCCUUGGACGACGUUGAAACUGUGUGUAGCGAGCGAUCCCGUGUGCCACAGCAGGCUUCUAGGCCGAAGGGGCCCACGUCUCUGCCACCGCGCCCCGUCAACGCCGGAGGUGGCGGCGGCACUCGCACGCCGCAGCGCGUCCGGCGCGGUGCUCGCGGCACUCCUACUUGCUCCAACCUCGACGCCGGUGACGACGACCGCAACGACGGCCAGGGAGACGGCCCAAACGCGCCCGAUGUGCUCUUGGAGGAGAUGCAGCGCAUGCGCGAGGCGAACACUCGGGCCAUGGCGCAGCGCAAGUCAUCAUGGCACUGA